AUGUUCACAGACAUAGGAGCAAGUGACAAAAGCCAACCCGGACUGAGUUAUUCCAAGACUGCGACAGACCUGGUCAUUGAACUUGGGGCGGCAAAACCACAGGACCUGGAAACGGUAUCCCAAGACGAAGUAUCGAAGCCAGCAUUCUCCGAUGGUACUACAUCUGAAAUUGGUGUACCUGAAAGAAGUACGCAACUUUCAGAGCCUUUGCCUUUAGUGUCUGAUAUUGAUUUCAAUGACCUGAAUCAACCAAUUUUACAUGACUACCCAGCGAAAAAGUUUGGAAAUGAAACAUUUUCUCAUAAGUUCAAUCCUCUAUGGUUUAAACAGUAUCCUUGGCUCAGUUACGAAGCAAAUGAUGACCAGUGUGUAUGCUUUCCCUGCAGAAAAUUUGGUAACGAUAAUUCCUUUGUGUAUAGCAAUUGGAAAAAAUCAGAAAAGCUUCGUAAACACAGGAACUCAGAGAAGCACAUCACAGCAAUGACAAAGUGGGCAUUGUUUAAAGCCAAUAAAUCACGUAAUACAUCAGUGCUCGAGCAACUUAGCAGAGCUCACAAGGAGAACGUUGACUGCAACCGGCGUUAUCUGCGAGUUAUCAUAGAAUGUCUCAUGCACAAUGUUCAACAGAACUCGCCAUUGAGAGGACACAAUGAAAGCAGGGACCAUAUUUGGGAAGUAUCCGAUACCAAUAGAGGCAACUUUAUCGAAACUCUUCACUUUUGCUGCAAAGAUAUGCCAUGGUUGAAAAACAUGCUUCAAAGCCAGCUUAAGGCACAUGCCCAGUAG